AAUCUAGCAACAUAGACAUUGAAACCGACAACCAACCUCUUAGCAACAAUGGCAGCCAAGAUAUUUGCCUUCCUUGCGCUCCUUGCUCUUUCAGUGAGCGCUGCUACCGCGGUCCUUGUCCCACAGUGCUCAGUAGCCGCCGCCGCAGCCACAAUUCCCCAGUACCUCUCACCUUACACAGCUCUUGGGUAUGAACACCCAAUUGUGCAAUCCUACAGGCUACAGCAGGCACUUGCAGCAAGCAUCCUACCAUCAUCGGCCAUGUUCCUACCACAACAGUCGGCCUUAUUGCAGCAGCAAUCCCUGUCUCAUCUGACAGUACAAAGCAUCACGGCACAGCAACAACGCAUUCUAUCACCGUUGAACCAACUAGCCUUGGCGAACCCCGCCGCAUACUUGCAACAACAGACGCUACUCCCGUUCAACCAGCUGGCCCUGGCGAACCCCGCUGCCUUCUUGCAGCAACAACAGCUGCUUCCGUUCAACCAACUGGCUGCUGUGAACCCAGCCGCCAUCUUGCAGCAGCAACUGUCACCAUUGAACCCACUUGCAUUGGCAAACCCUGCCGCCUUCUGGCAGCAGCAACAGCUAGUCAACCAACUAGCUUUGACGAGUCCCGCCGCCUUCUUGCAGCAACCCAUCGUUGGUUCUGCCCUCUUCUAGAUUACUUAUGAGUUGUACUUGAAUAAUUAUGUUUGCAUGAGGACAUGGGUGACUCCCCGGAAAUAAGAAAAGUAUUGGUUGAGAUUAUGAAGUCC